AUGCUACUGGUGGGUUUGGCCAUUCUGUUCAAUUGUGUGGGCCUGCUGUUGCUGUUCGACCGCUUUUUUCUAUGUCUUUCAAGCUUCCUGAUGAUAGUGGGUCUUUAUACGUUAUUGGGAUGGCGCAAGUUCAUCAAGUUUUUCUGGGCCCGCCAUAAGCGUGUGGGAACGAUCGCCUUUUACGGGGGAUUUUUUGUCAUUCUAAUAGGAUUUUCAUUCGUUGGCUACUUCAUCCAAAUUUUCGGCCUCUACAAAUUAUUUGUGACGUUCAUCCCGAAUUUAAUAACUUACUUGGACGUCACCCCAGCUUCGGGACUGCUAAAGCUCCCCCUCCUUAACUAUAUCGCCAAUUACUUUAAACACUCGCCAUCCAACUCUCAAAAUUUGCCACUUUGA